UGGAGUGAGGCGCGCAAGGGACGACACCAAGUAGACAUAUUCUAGUCACUAGUAUCGUCGAUUUUGCUCGUGUUAUGGAAAAACUUAAACUUCAUCUAAGAAAUGUGUUACCUGAAUGCUUUUGUCCUUUACAAUGGAUUCACCUGCUGCAGUUUUUCAACGGUGGCUUAGCUCGAUAGUUUAAAAAAGGAGUUUGAUUGCCAGGAUUAUUUAUGCAUAUAGCUGCUGUGACGAAGAAAUUAGCUAGCUAGUAACGUUAGCUAGCUAACCUUGGUUCUUGUUAGCUAGGUAACGGGCUAAUAAGGAAUUAUUUUUGCAAUUUUUGUUGGCUAGCUCGUACCUAGCCGGAUAAACUAUCCAGAACUGGGGACCACAAUCCAAAAAGUCAAGGAAAGUCGCUUGUCGUCGAAGAGUUGUUGACUCCUCCGUUCUCGGCUGGGUGUCCCACACACAGACAGUUUACAGUCAAGCCGGGAGUAAAGCACUGCCGCUGCUCGCUACCUGCCUGGUAGCUACCACCACAACGGGCCUUGUUGCUGAGGCGACAAUGCUUGAAAUAAUGUCUGAACACCAAGAUUCGUUAUUGAAGUGCAAAACGGAGACUCUGCCUCCAGAGAGGAGAAAGAGGACCGUCGAAGACUUUAACAAGUUCUGCAACUUUGUCUUGGCAUAUGCAGGCUAUAUCCCCAAUCCUAAAGAGGAAGGUCCGUGGUCGCCAGCGUCCUCCAGCUCCCCACACAGCUCAGGGGCAUCGGGGGAAAGUGGCGGUGGAGGUGGCGGCAGCUCUUUGGGGGCCAGCUGGGGAGACGGCGGCAAUGACCUGCACACCAUCCACACGUUUGUCCACAAGGCCCGCGCCAACAAGGGCAAGAGCAUGCGCCGCAUGCACUCGGACAGCUCCCUGCUGGACAAGAUGCGUCUGAAAGACUCUUUGUACGACAGCCAGACUGCCAGCAAGGCAGAGCGCAAGAAGGACAAAAAGCUCAAAAAGUUGUCGAUGGGUUCCGCUAUUGUCGGUGCGGCCGACAGCGGGAGCAGUGGCGGUGAGAAGAGGGCCCGCAUCAAGCGCAGCAAAAACCCCAAGCAGCCCAAAGCCCUCAAGAAGCUUAAGAGCUCGGCCACUCAAAGCGAGACAGACUCUGAGACCGGUCACGCCCACCCCGGGGAGCGCUCGGUCCGAGAGGACCUGACAGGGCACAGUGUCUCCUCCCCAGGAAUGCAGGGGCUGGCCAAGAUGCAGGCAGGAAUGGUGUCCAACCGUGAGGCAGAGAUGAGUUCGAGUGAAGGCGAGACAUGGAUAGCCGACGAGGACAUCAUGGUGGAGUCAGGUGACGACUCUUGGGACUUGAUCACCUGUUACUGCGGCAAGCCAUUUGCGGGGAGACCCAUGAUCGAGUGCAACCAGUGCGGAGUGUGGGUCCAUCUGUCAUGCGCCAAGAUCAAGAAGUCCAACGUCCCUGACAUAUUUUACUGCCACAAGUGCAGGGACACUCGACGGUCUGGGCAAAAGAAAGACCCCUAAAGAGAGAGGGGGUGGGAGGGACUGUAUCCCUCCUAUAUCCCUUUUCAAUCUACCCUUUUUUCUGUGUACUACUACAACCAAGUUCUUUUCUGCAAUGCCUACAGCUGAUUGUUAACCCUCACCUGGACGGCAACUGUAUCGUUCGUUUUCUAGGUUUUCUUUUUUGACAAUCACCAUCCUCACUUAUUCAUGUAGGUUCUUUGUCACGUUCUGCCUCUGUGAAAACUGUACUAAAACAGGAAGAUAUUGGGACGAGAUCUCUUUAUUAUCUGUAACAUACAAAUAGACACUCUUGCUCCGUAGUCUUACUAAAUUGAGACUGGCUUACUUUUUUUAUUGAAAUGUUAAGGCAACCAUACAGAUAUCCAUCUCCUGGCUUUCCUAUUAAUAAGGUCAUAGCAUAAGGUGCAUGACAAGGUAUAGAUAAUUAUUUAUUUAGGAUAUUGAUGGGCUGCUUUUCCGUCUGUCAACGUUCAAAGAAAAAAGCUUGUAUUUUAUAAUGGUACAUCAACAUUUGUCAGACCCUCUGUAACCAGUGUUCAAUGCGACUGCCACACCAUGGCACAGGCACAACCCUUUUCAUUAUCUGAAAAGAAAACGGAUACUCAUGUUUAUUUUUGUCCGUAAGUUUCUCUUUUUAGGUCUAAGAGGGCGUCUCUCGUGUUGAUUUUUUGUUGUGUUGAAAUUUCUCAUGUAAGCUUUUGAUUUGGGAUUUGUUAAUUAGUUUCUGUCUAUUACACUCAGUACCCGCUUACCACAGUGUUAAGCCACUGAGAUCUCGCUCAUUGGAUGUUUUCUGAUUCAAACAAAUACUAGACCAAAUCUGAAAUAUGCACAGACUAUUGAGCUACAACAGUGCACUUAAAAAAAAAAAAAAGUUGAGCCCAAACCAAACACACCUUUGUCGUUAUUUUUCAUUGGAAAGUUAAUUCCUUUACAGUUUUGCCAAUUGCUAAUAGCCUGUAACUUUUAAACUAAGGGAUGUGCUGUAAAGUUUUUUGAUGCAGCCCAUAACCAUUAAAUAUUUUUUGCUUUAUUCGCCCUUUUUUAUUUUUUGUCAACUGGUGCUGUAUAAACUUUGAGGAGUGGGUCAACAUUUGCUACAUCACCACUUGAUUACUUUGAGUUUCCUCCGCAUGACAAUGGAAUCCUAUGACUACCUGUUGGUUGCGGUUUGACACGGCGACAGACUUCAAAUUCCUCUACAAUUCUUCUUCCGUGGUUUUUAGUUUUUAUUCACAUUUUGUGUGCGUUUUGUUUUUCAUUAUCGAGAGACUUCUGGUUUGGGAGAAUGAUGUAAUUGUUGUUAACUGUCGUGACGGAAAAAGUUGGAGAUUUGCUUCACCUUGUAGAAGUGGCUUGAACAUCUUUUUGCAUGAAUGGUUGUAAAAUAUACUUUGUAUUAUCAUUCUUUUUUGGGGGUUUAAAACUUUUCUGAAAACGCUAGUUGAGAUUUGCUUCCGAAUCAGAGAAUAACAUACAAAUCCCGGCCCCUCAUGAUUCUCAUUCGUGAAACGAAGUUGACUGUUUGUAUUGUACAGAAAAAUAAGUUGAUAUCACCAGAGUCGUGGCAGGUCCUUUUAUGUUGGUUGGUUUUACCUUGCUUUUUUUGUUGGUGGAAGAGUCAUGUUUAGUCCCCAAAAAGCAAAUGCACUCUUGCCACCACCCUUCCCUUUGAUUCUCUGUAUAUACCAUGUUCUUCGAUAACUGUACAUAUGUGAAAGUGAAAAGAGAGGAAAAAAAGCCAAGCAAAUGUUAUAUUUUCGGCAUCUGGUAUUGUUUUUCUUUAACUGUAGCUUGAAAAAUUAAAACUUCUUCUUUUUUGGGGA